CUUAUUUACUUAAGCACUUUCUUUAAACAAACGUUGCCGUGCUCAAGGUUAUUCCCAGUCACACAUUCAAAGGGGCGGGUGCCACACAUGUGGGUGCCAAAUGUGGGUGUAUAAGAGGCUGCACUCGAGAGCUUAUUCCAUUGAUUCAGGCUGAAGACAAGACAGGAAGCAACACAGUAGUCUGUUCCCAGCGACUCAUCAACCCCCGGCUGCAGCAGUGCAGGAUUUUUCUACAGAAAGUCAUAAAGUUGUGUGUAAUGGAGACAGAGUUAUCAAGCUAGAGAGGAUCAUACUGAGAGUGUUCAGCUGCUACUGAAGUCUUGGUGCAGCCACAGGCAGAACAGAGAAGCGAAUAACAUCGGCACAGACUUUUCUCUAUCCCUUAUUCAUUGGCACAAGGAGAGAACAUGAGGAAGAGACGACCUGCAUUAUUGUAUCUCUAUUGCCCUUCUCUGGGCAUCACACGCAUUCUAAUCAGAUGUAACAAAAGAAAACAAAUUCUCAAGGUGCCUGUGCAGGAAACCAGACUAGAGAACAUAGAGAACAAAGCAGACCUUCCUCUCAGCAUCCCAGAGACCAGCAUUGCACCUCAAAAAAAUGAUCAUGACAACACCAUGGUGGACACAAAAAUCACAGAAGCUGCUCAAGAGGAUCCAACAGAAAAGGAGAAUAUUAAGAAGGAGACAGUAGCACAGCCAACGGAAAUGCAGUCUGAGGCCCAGGAGGAAGAGUUUGGAUCAGAGGAUGGAAUCUCAACAUCAUCUUCACCAGAAACUAACACAACUCAUGAGCCUUCAAAAUGGGAUGAAGGAAGAAAGAAGCCAAAACAAAAGAUGAGAAAGAGAAAGAAGAAGCAGAGCUCGAUGAAGGAGCUGAGAGAGACCAAGGUUCCUCCAUCACAUUCUAUAGACCAAAUCAUGGGCACGUUACUUAUGAAGAUGAUACAACUGCUGAAACCAGGAGCCGUGGUUGCUUGGAUUGGCAUAUUUUGCUUCCUACUCAUCGGUGUUACCCCUUCAAGUGGAUUACAAGAGAAUUUUCUGCAGGAGACACAAACCACUACCAUAAACCCACAAGUGACUCAGUCUUCUCCUGGGAAUUGCCGGCAGUACUUAUUCUGUGUCAGUGAGGGAAAACUGUGGAAUCAGCCUCUCUCCAUCAAAGUAGGCACUGAGAGAGAAUAUUGUAAAUUCCAAAUGACAAUCCCUAAUUCUACUGCAAACUGCACCCAGAACUCCACUGUGAGGCUCACUAAUGACACUUGUUUGCUCUUGGACACAAUCGACUUGGAACGUACCAUCUUGUUUUUGGAAUAUGGUGAAGGGAGACAUGGGAAGUCUGUAUAUGGCACUAACUUUACAGGGUCUUGCAGGAAGAUGUUGGAAGAUGUUGGUGCUGAUGAGAAUGAUAACAAGAAUAAGACAGAUGAUAGCAGCACAACUCAUACUCUAUUGAUCGCCAUAUUGACGCCAGUAGGAGCAGUCACCUUGAUCGGGGUGUUAUACUUUGGAUAUAAGAAAUGCAUUAAAAGCAGGAACCAAUCACAAGGCUCCUCUAAGCGUGUGGAACGCUCUGAGUAUAAGAGAAAUGGACACGUACCCACUGAGAACAUUGAAAUGGGAGGCCAAGGAGAAGAGAGAGGCAAGGAGAAGAAGGAAGAGAAGUUAGGCUCAUUUACAAAUGCAAAUCUAAAGUGAUGAAAUGGAUGCACAACCUUGCACACUUGGCUGCUAUUCACUACAGUCCUUUGCUUCUAUACACACUGCUUACAAUCUGCACACAGCACUGAUGCACCAUGCUGAUGGACUGAGUACAGGCCGGGUAUAGGGGCCUAAAUAUAGGGAAGCUCUGGAAUUAGCAACUGUUUUAGGACUUCUUACUUCCAAGGUUCACGUAGAGUGUUGCUCCAAUGCAACUGACUUGACUUGAUUUACACACUAACCCAAUUACUGAUACCGAUUAAAGGAGAACUAAAGCUUAAUUAAAGAAGUAGGUAGAAAUGUUGAACAUGAUGUUUUGUGCUCCUGUACCAGUCCAAGGCAACCACAGCCCUUUAGCAGUAAAGAUCU